AUGGGACUCCCCACGCCUUCUGUAGGACCUGAGAUCGCCGAGGUCCAGAGGGUUUUGGAAAAGUCGGGACUCGAGUACACACUUAACGAUAUCCUCAUGCGACCCAGAUGGGAUGGAGCAGUUCUGACGGCGCAUAGCGGUUAUGGAACCAACGUCGAAGGCCCUUGGGACGCAGUGAUGAAAACCAUCGGUGACUGCCAUAACGCUGUGCAUGCUUUGGGAACACCUAGAAUUGCGACGGACAUCCGAAUUGGUACCCGAACCGACAAAUCCAUCUCAUCGGGCGGUAACGAGGGCAAGAAGAAGCGCGUGGAAGACAUCUUGGCGGCUCAGAAACAGAAGCAGUAA